AUGGCUUCACACCUUGGAGACUCCUUUAAGCCCCAGUUACCAGAAAAUGACCCUUUAUUAGACUCCAUGGAGUCUAUUCCAACUCAGGUUUCUGCUGUGCAGGGGAUAGAAGGUAUCUCUAACUUGCCUAUUGCUCAGCUCAACUUUCCCCAAAAUGACAGUGUCUCCUAUGCAAAGCAGGAGCUGCAAGCACACUGGAGAAUGUUUAACUCCUGGUUGCAGCCAGAAAAGCAUAGCAAGGAGCAGAUGAUUUCUCAACUUGUCUUGAAGGAGUUUCUCAUUACUGGUAAAUUCAAGGACAAGUUUGCCUUUAAAGAGAAAUGGGAAUCAAGUGACAGAAACAUGGGGAGAUUCAUGGAGGGUCUGACUGAUGAGUGCUUGAAGCCUCCUGUCAUGAUCUUCAAGUCACAAGACAGAUACUUGACUGAACAAGUCAAUUUUUUGAAUUUUUUGAGGAUUCUCAACAGAAUGGCUUCACAGCACAGCAACUCCUUGAAACCCCAGUCACCAGAAAGUAGCCUGGAAUUAGACAAUAGGAAGUUUAUUCCAACCCAGGAUACUUCUCUACAGUGGGAAGAAGAUAUCUGUAACCCUUCCAUUGCUCAGAUCAACUUUCCCACAAAUGACAAUGGUUCCCGUGCAAAGCAGGAGCUGCAAGCAAUCUUGGAGACUUUUAUCUCCUGGUUGAAGCCAGAAAAGCAUAGCAAGGAGGAGAUGAUUUAUCAGGUGGUCUUGGCUCAGUUUCUCAAAAUUGGGCACCAAAAGGACCAGUCUGUCUUGAAAGAGAAGUGGGAAUCAAGUGGCAGAAACAUGUGGAGAUUCAUGGAGGGUAUGACUGAUGAGUGCUUGAAGCCUCCUAGCAUGGUUCACGUCUCCAUGCAUGGGCAGGAAGCCCUCUUUUCUGAGAACAUGUCCUACAAAGAAUCCAUGAACCUUCUGAAAGAGCAGCAAUCAGCAAGAAGUUCAAUACAAGAUAGUGCAAGGACACCCUUGCCAAUCUCCCAAGACAUGUUAUUGACAACAGGACAAGAAGACUGUGAAUAUGGCCAAAACAAUUCCUGGAGCACUAGUGAUGUAAAUGAUGGGGAUAGUAGUCCUGGAAAUGAGAUGGACUCCCUUUCCCUUACCCAACAAGGUCAGAUUUAUGAUCCUAGAGACAGAAGUGUUUCUGAUGGAAAUCCUCUGGAUUACAGCAGAUCAAGUCAAGUCACCUCUAGGUACCAGGAAGAUUUUGAGGGAGGAACUUCCUCUGAAGAUGUCCCUAUGGAGGUAAACCCAGAGAUUAUCUCCAUGCCAGAGCAGACAGAAGACUGCCAGAAUCAUGAUGCAAGCUCCACACGUGGGGGUUGCCAAAAGAGACCUCUCAGAGUCCCAAAGACAUACAAAUGUGAGGAAUGUCCCAGAACCUUUAAAUAUCCCUGUAGACUUUCAGCCCACCAGAGAAUACACAAGAAGCAGAAGUCUUUUUUCUGUAACACGUGCCAUAAAGGCUUCUAUACUCACUCAGACCUGAGAGUACAUAAGUUCAUACACCAGAAAAAAAAACCUUACAAAUGUAGUACAUGUCGAAAGUCUUUCAGCAAUCAAACAAAUCUGAAAGCUCAUGAGAGGAUUCACACAGGAGAGAAGCCCUACACCUGCUCCCUGUGUAACCAUAGCUUUCGCCAGUCAUCUACAUACCACCGUCACCGGAGGAAUUGCCACAAAUCAGACUGA